CUUCUGUUUUUACCCACAAUCCCAUUGGGUGGGCAACUGGAUCACGGUUGUUUCUGACAUCGCAUAUGUAUAUGAUAUCCACGGUCGAGAAUGGAUAAAGACCAGCGCAACAGCGUUGCUUUUAAUGCAUCGAAAAGAGAACUAUUCACCGCUAAUUCAGGAUACAAGUCUCUUCAGAAGAGACUUCGGGUACAGUGGAAGAUACAAAGUAUAAAAGAUGAGCUUACCCAGGAGAAACUUAUGGGCACUAAGCUAUGGAUCACUGCGGGACCAAGAGAGAAGUUCACUGGAUCUGAGUUUGAAGUCCUCAAGCAUUAUCUGGAUGGCGGUGGGAAUAUCCUUGUGAUGUUGGGAGAAGGAGGGGAAACCAGAUAUGACACUAACAUCAACUUUCUCCUAGAGGAGUAUGGGAUCAUGGUUAACAAUGAUGCUGUGGUGAGGAAUGUUUAUUACAAAUAUUUUCACCCCAAAGAAGCAUUAGUGUCCAAUGGCGUUUUAAACAGAGAGAUCAGUAGAGCUGCUGGCAAAACUGUUACAGGUGUCAUUGAUGAUGAAAGUGCUGGAAACAAUGCACAGGCCCUUACCUUCGUCUACCCAUAUGGAGCCACACUGAGUGUAAUGAAACCUGCUGUGGCUGUGCUUUCCACUGGCUCUGUCUGCUUCCCCCUGAACCGACCUGUUCUGGCGUUCUACAGACCCAAGGAUGGAGGAAAACUGGCAGUGUUGGGCUCCUGUCACAUGUUCAGUGACCAGUACCUUGACAAGGAGGAGAACAAUAAAAUAAUGGAUGUUGUGUUCCAGUGGUUGAUGACGGAUAAUAUUCACCUGAAUCAGAUAGAUGCUGAGGACCCAGAGAUCACAGACUACACCAUGUUACCCGACACAGGAUGUCUGUCUGAGAGACUACGGGUGUGCCUUCAGGAGGGAGAUGAAAAUCCACGUGACUUCACUUCCCUGUUUGACAUGUCACUGAUGAAGCUGUCAACAGACACCCUGCCUCGUGUCAUCAGCUCCUACAAGCAGCUCCAUGUGAAACAUGAGCAGCUCCAGCUGAUUCAGCCUCAGUUUGAAACACCCCUGCCUGCUCUUCAACCAGCAGUCUUUCAGCCGGCCUUCAGAGACCUUCCACCUCCCAUGCUUGACCUCUUUGACCUUGAUGAGACAUUUUCUUCUGAGAAAGUGAGACUGGCUCAGCUCUCAAACAAAUGCACAGAUGACGAUCUGGAAUUUUAUGUGCGCAAGUGUGGGGACAUCCUUGGUGUGACUGGAAAGCUGGAUAAGGAUCACAGAGAUGCAAAGCACAUACUUGAGCACAUUUUUUUUCAGGUGGUGGAGUUCAAGAAACUCAAUCAGGAGCACGAUAUCGACACUACAGAUGUGAGAUUUUCACCUCUCUGAUGGCUCAGAGGUUAUCUGGAAACCGUGGACAAGACUUAGGGUGGCGAGUGUGUACACUGCACUCACUCAUCAGUCCAAACCAAACGACAUUUCCUUCAGCUGUUAAAGUCUGUAUAUAGCAAAGCCGAAACCAUAUUUUCAUGUACAUUAAUUGUUUUAGAUCAGCAUGACAUGUAGAAAAACAUGCAACAAGUCAAGGGCCUUUUCUACCUUUUGCUAAACUGUUUUCUACCCUUUUCAAUGUUUAAAUCCUAUUUAAUAAAAGACUAUUAAAUGUAUAAAUUGUAUGCAAAUAAAAAUGCAUACCAAUA